AUGAUUAAAAAAGGAAAUUUAAAAUUGAAAAACUUGAGAAUUGGAAAAAGUUCAGUAAAUAAUGUAAAAACAGAUGGUCGUUCAAUAAAUAAAGAGAAUGGGAAAAGUAGAAAUGAAGAAAAAUUAAAAAGAUUAAAAAUGUAUCGCACAAAAGCGAAUUUAAAAAAAAUGAAUAAGAAAAUAAAUGAGGUAAGAAGAAUAGAACCCAAUAUAAAAUGGUUUAAUAAUACGAGAACAAUAAGUCAAAAUAAAUUAGAAAUAUUCCGAAACAAAUUAGAAGAGACAACUCAUGAUCCAUUUAGUAUAAUUAUAAAAAGAUCUAAAAUUCCAGUUGAAUUGUUAAAAGAUGAAAAAUAUAGUGUAACGAAGAAGUACAAAAAUGAGAAUUUUUUAAGAGUAGAAAAUUAUGAUGAUGUGUUCAGUAAAAAAAAAAAAAGAAAAAGGCCAAAGUUAAAUGUAUCUAGUAUAGAAGAAUUUGUAAAUAAUGUUAAUAACAAAUUAUCUACUUAUGAAACGAAAAAUGAUAGAUCUCUAAUUGAAAAAAAAAGUGAAAUAGAAAAAAAAUAUAGUAAGGAUCAUUUAUUAAAAAUAGGUCAAUCAAAAAGAAUAUGGACUGAGUUAUAUAAAGUUGUGGAUAGUUCUGAUAUCAUUUUAGAAGUAUUAGAUGCACGUGAUCCUAUAGGUACUAGAUGUAAAAAAUUAGAAGAAAGUUUAAAAAAAGAUAGGCCAAAUAAACAUAUUAUAUUAAUAAUCAAUAAGAUUGAUUUAAUACCAACAUCAGUAGCAGAAAAAUGGAUAAAAAUUCUUUCAAAAGAAUAUCCAACUAUUGCUUAUCAUGCAAAUAUAAAUAAACCAUUUGGAAAAAGUGAUUUAUUUAAUGUUAUUAGGCAGUAUACUCAAUUUUUUAAACAACAAAAAAAAAAACAUGUUCAUAUUGGUUUAAUAGGUUAUCCAAAUGUAGGAAAAAGUGCUAUCAUUAAUUCAUUAAAAAAAAAGGUUGUUUGUGUUUCUGCUUGUCUACCAGGUCAAACAAAAUGUUGGCAGUUCAUAAAAUUGACUAACAAAGUUUAUUUAAUAGAUUGUCCAGGAAUUGUACCAUAUGAUAUUGAAGAUUCAGAUAAAAUUUUAAGAUGCACAAUGAGAAUUGAAAAAAUUACUAAUCCACAUUUUUAUAUUGAUGACAUUUUUAAAAUGGUUAAUAAAUCUCAUAUACUUAAAGUUUAUAAACUAUCAGAGGAUUUGACUUUUGAAAAUUCAGAAGAAUUUCUUGAAAUUUUAGCAAAAAAAAUGGGGAAACUUUUAAAAGGAGGUCAACCUGAUAUAAUAUCUGCUUCAAAAAUUAUCUUAAAUGAUUGGAUAAAAGGAAAAAUUCCAUAUUUUGUUAAUCCAGAUAAUUAUUUAAAGGAAUGUAAAGAAUAUAACAAAAACAAUGAAAAAAAUUUGUCUAAAGAAUCAAAAGAAAAUUGUAUUGUUACUGAUAAAAUUAGUGAAGAUUUUAAUGAUGAAAAAAAUGAAGAAUUGAGUGAUGAAAAAGAUGAUGAAUUAAGUGAUGAAAAAGAUGAUGAAUUAAGCGAUGAAAAAGAUGAUGAAUUAAGCGAUGAAAAAGAUGAUGAAUUAUGUGAUGAAAAAGAUGAUGAAUUAAAUGAUGAAAAAGAUGAAGAAUUAAGCGAUGAAAAAGAUGAUGAAUUAAGUGAUGAAAAAGAUGAUGAAUUAUUAAAUGAUGAAAAAGAUGAUGAAUUAAGUGAUGAAAAUAAUGAAGAAUUAAUUAGUGAACAAAAUAAAGAAUAA